AUGACCGAAUCCAACACCAAAUUCACAAUCCACCGCAUACCAGCUGGCGAGGUGUCCCCAACAAGGAUUCAACCCAUACUAGAUCUAUCGAAUCUCAUCUUCGACACCGCGCGCUCACCGCCCACUCACCAUUCGUCGAUAGAAGUAUGGCGGCAACGACUAUCACCUCCCCCGCCACAAUCUGGUCUUCCGGCUCCUAUUCUGGUAUAUGCCACAGCAACAGAGGGUUUCAAGUCCGAAUCUUCCUCUUCCACGACCAAUAACGACCCAACUGGUCACGACGACCAUGUUGGUUCACCAAUUGGUCAAGACCAAGUCGGUUCACCACCAAUUGGAUUCAUCUUCGCCAUCCCCAGAACCGAUUCUGAUCCCUCCAUCCCAUCUCCGACACUGCACAUCUGGCUGGCGGGCGUUUCGGAGCAAGCCCGUGGCACGGGCGUCUUUGCGGCCCUCAUGGCAGAAGUGGAGCAGCAUGCUCGACGGGACGAGAAUGAAAGUCGAGUCAAGGUUAUGAGCGUGUGUACUUAUCCAAAAAGGUUCGGCAAGAUGUUUGCCAUUUUGCAGAGGCAGGGGUGGGAGAUUAGGCAGUGGCUGGAAGAUGGGGAGAAGGUGUUGUUUGUCAAGGGACUCGGAGUUUGA